AUGGCCUUGAGAGGUUUCUCUCGCCCUCAGCUUCUUCCUUGUGUUUGGUUGCUGUCUCAGCGUACGGAACACCGGUUCUUCACUAUUUCGGCUUCCAGAUGCAAUUAUAAAUUAGCAGUAAAGCCUCCAGAAGAGCGAACUGUGAAGUCAGGUCUGGAUCGCACUGCACGGGCUCUGCUUCUUACUGAAAUACUGAAGGGGUUUUCCAUAACCCUCGGAAUGUUAUUCAAAGAACCAGCAACCAUUAACUACCCUUUUGAGAAGGGACCACUGAGUCCAAGAUUCCGUGGAGAGCAUGCACUUCGACGGUACCCAACUGGAGAAGAACGGUGUAUUGCCUGUAAGCUUUGUGAGGCGAUUUGCCCCGCUCAAGCCAUCACGAUUGAGGCAGAGCCACGGGCCGAUGGAAGCCGAAGAACCACAAGAUACGACAUAGAUAUGACCAAAUGCAUUUAUUGCGGGUUUUGUCAAGAAGCCUGUCCAGUUGAUGCAAUUGUUGAGGGCCCCAAUUUCGAAUAUUCGACGGAGACGCACGAAGAAUUAAUGUACAAUAAAGAAAAGCUCCUGCAAAAUGGCGACCGCUGGGAGGUGGAAAUAGCUGAAAACAUCAAAUCAGACUAUUUGUAUCGAUGA